UCGCCCGGAAACUACCGCAGUGGCUGCGGGGAGAGAACUGAAAGGCAGGAAGUAAACAUUGACGGAUUGACUUCAUUUUUGUCGGGUGAUUUCGGGGUGGCCUGUGGCCCGACUGGAGGGGUCCAGAUAACCAUGUCAGCUGCAGCUGUAGAUGCAGUUAAUGCGGCCCCCCUGUCGGGGUCCAAAGAAAUGAGUCUAGAGGAACCAAAGAAGAUGACCAGAGAGGACUGGAGAAAGAAGAAGGAGCUAGAAGAACAGCGAAAACUGGGUAAUGCUCCAGCAGAAGUUGAUGAAGAAGGAAAAGACAUCAACCCUCAUAUACCUCAGUAUAUUUCUUCAGUGCCAUGGUAUAUCGAUCCGUCAAAAAGACCUACUUUAAAGCACCAGAGACCACAACCAGAGAAACAGAAGCAAUACAGCUCAUCUGGAGAAUGGUACAAGAGAGGUGUAAAAGAGAAUUCCAUAACUACUAAGUACCGCAAGGGGGCAUGUGAAAAUUGUGGGGCCAUGACACACAAAAAGAAAGACUGCUUUGAGAGACCUAGGCGAGUUGGAGCAAAAUUUACAGGUACUAAUAUAGCUCCAGAUGAACAUGUCCAGCCUCAGCUGAUGUUUGACUAUGAUGGGAAGAGGGACCGGUGGAAUGGCUACAACCCAGAGGAACACAUGAAAAUUGUGGAAGAAUAUGCCAAAGUUGAUCUGGCAAAACGAACCCUGAAAGCCCAGAAACUCCAAGAGGAAUUAGCCUCGGGAAAAUUAGUGGAACAGGCUAAUUCUCCAAAACACCAGUGGGGAGAAGAGGAACCAAAUUCUCAGACGGAAAAAGAUCAUAAUAGUGAAGAUGAGGAUGAAGAUAAAUAUGCAGACGAUAUUGACAUGCCUGGGCAGAACUUUGACUCUAAGAGGCGAAUUACUGUCCGGAAUCUCAGGAUUCGAGAAGAUAUUGCAAAAUAUUUGCGGAAUUUAGAUCCAAAUUCUGCUUACUAUGAUCCCAAAACUAGAGCGAUGAGAGAGAAUCCCUAUGCCAACGCAGGGAAGAAUCCAGAUGAAGUGAGCUAUGCAGGGGAUAACUUUGUAAGAUACACAGGAGACACCAUUUCAAUGGCUCAGACACAGUUGUUUGCUUGGGAAGCCUAUGACAAGGGAUCUGAAGUGCAUCUACAGGCUGAUCCUACAAAACUAGAGCUGCUGUACAAGUCCUUCAAAGUCAAAAAAGAAGACUUCAAAGAACAGCAGAAAGAAAGCAUCUUGGAAAAGUAUGGUGGCCAGGAACACUUGGAUGCCCCUCCAGCUGAAUUGCUUUUAGCUCAGACUGAAGACUAUGUGGAGUAUUCAAGACAUGGAACAGUCAUCAAAGGACAGGAGAGGGCUGUCGCCUGCUCUAAGUAUGAGGAGGAUGUGAAGAUCCACAAUCACACACAUAUCUGGGGAUCUUACUGGAAAGAAGGCCGAUGGGGAUACAAAUGCUGUCACUCUUUUUUCAAGUAUUCCUAUUGCACUGGAGAAGCUGGCAAGGAGAUUGCUAAUUCAGAGGAAUGUAUUAUAAACGAUAUAACUGGAGAAGAACCUGUGAAAAAACCUCAAACCCUCAUGGAGGUAAGUCUAAUCAUUUGUCCUGAAUUAAGUCCUGGAAGGCUGACUUUAAAAUUUGUGCCGGAGCUUUGUUUUUGCAUUAAUAACACUAUAUAUUUUAACCGUCCCUGUCAGAUGCAUCAGGAAAAACUAAAAGAAGAUAAAAAGAAGAAAAAGAAGAAGAAAAAGAAGCAUCGAAAGAGCAGUUCAGAUAGUGAUGAUGAAGAAAAGAAACAUGAAAAAUUGAAAAAGGCACUGAAUGCAGAGGAGGCCCGCCUUCUUCAUGUCAAGGAGAUCAUGCAAAUUGAUGAGAGGAAGCGGCCUUACAACAGCAUAUAUGAAACUCGGGAACCCACUGAAGAGGAAAUGGAAGCCUAUAGAAUGAAACGUCAGAGGCCAGAUGACCCCAUGGCUUCCUUCCUUGGACAGUAGUAACUAGUUAUAGACAGUCACCCAAGAUAGACACAGCUGAUACAUUCUUUUCAGCUUCUUGCUGAUGAUUGUAGAUGGAAAAACCCAUGACUACUACUCUUGCUGCCUGACUUUAAUAAAGACUCCGGAAGUCUCAUAGCAAAUUCAUUUCUUUACACACUGAAGAAACAAAAACAAAGAGGAAGUACAUUAAGUGUAUAUUUUGAUUUUACUUCCAGUUUUAUAUUAGGUGAUGUGCAAAGAGGCCUUGGCUCUCUACCUAACAAGAACAUCUUCUACUCAACAUUUAUUAAGUCUCUAACUUUAUUUCCUCAAUUCUUAUGGCCCUUUAUCUAGUGCUAGUACACAUUUUAAAGGCAGAUGAGUUACUCUUUCUCAAAAUCACGGUUUUGUUUUUUCAAAUUACUAGUAACUAUGGUUGUAGUUAUUUGAGUAUCGUUUGUUUUUGCCUUCUAAGGUUUUCCUGGUCUAAAGCUAAAAAUAAGUUGGGUUACUGAAAGGAAACCUUUAGAAUAUAUGUAUUACUUUAUCCCCCAUUUCAGUCUGUAUAGUAAUAAUUCUGUUUUCUAUUUGGUUAUAAAAUUUUGAUUUUUAAAGUAUUUCCUUAUACUUUAUACCCAGAACUAAAUGGAUUAGUCUUUGAAUGGAAAAAUAACUCUUUUGUUAUCUUCGAGUCACUGAUCAGUACUAGGUCUUUUACCAUUCUGGACAUGAGCCUUUAGACACAGAAACCCUUUCCUCUAUCAUAGAGUAUGGUUUGUGGUACUAUUUGUUGUUUUAAUUGUGAUUGCCUUUAUGUAAUGAUCAUGAAUAUUAAAUUUUAGAAGAUUGUAGAGUAUCCAUUGUACCUAAUCUUUACAGAAAGCAAAAAUUGCUUGUAAUUGUAUAAAAAUUACAGAAAACAAAACCUGAAAUUGAAGGUUUUUUAAGAGAAUUACAAGGAUAGCUUAUAGGGCUAUUAAUAACUGAGACUACCAUGAUCCUCAGGCCUCUUCUAAGAACAUUGUGAAGAUAAUACAGUGAGAGUGGGAUCAUGAAAACAGCCUGUUUCAAACCCUGACAUAAGUAAUUGGCUUUUAACAGCUCACUGGCUUCUAAGCUACCAAAACCCACUAGGACACCACAUUAAGUUACCAUCUAAGAAAUUGUGCUGGUGAGAGUAACAAUCAAAUUGUCAAGUACUAUGGAUACCGUAGCUAGAUUCAGACUAGUACUAGUACGAAGUUCAAACAGCAAUGCAAAGAGAGCUCAUUCUUCCCUAUUUCAAGAAAGUCAGUGACUUACGUUUUCAUACUCCUACCAUAAUAUGGAGUGAUUCAACAUAAAGUCUGACAAUGUCUAUUUUGUAUUUUAUUUAUCUUUUGUUAAUAAAGAUAUAUAAUUGAGAAUA